AUGAGCAUGAUAAUCAAAUCUUGCACUCCCAUCCCGAAAACCCAUCGGAUUUUGAUGCUUCAUGGACAUGGCCAAUCUGGAGACUUUUUCUUCUCCAAGACUCAGUUCUUUCAGGAAACUAUGGACCGGGUUGUACGUGAAGCUUUAGAAGAUGAUCCAGCACUCAGAAAAAUCGACGUGGUUGAGUUUUACUACCCCUCCGGCCUGCUACCUGCAGACCCAGAUACUCCUCUAGGGGAAGGUAAUGAUAGUAUGCGGGCCUGGGGAUAUGGUGAUUAUACCUCAGGCCGUAUCAUAGGCCUUGAGAAAACCAUCCAAUACCUUAGCGAUCUGCUUCAGACCCGUGGGCCAUUUACUGGCAUCAUAGGCUUCUCAACAGGAGCUUGUGUUACUGCUAUUUUAGCAUCACUUUUGGAAAAGAAAAGGCCUGUCUGCAACCUUCCAUUCAACACAACCCACCCUCCUCUGAAAUUUGCGGUGUGUUUUAGUGGGUUCAAAUUGGAUCAUCCCUACUACGCGCCAUUAUACAAACCGAUGAUCGAGACCCCGAUCCUCCAUGUCAUUGGCACACUGGAUACCAUGAUCGAUCCACUCCUAUCCCGGCGUCUUUCAAAAUAUUGCCUGAAUGCUUCUACGCAUUAUUUUACUGGGACGCAUUACGUCCCACGAUCCCAAAGAUUUCUGGAAAGCCUGAACGAUUUUGUCUGGGAUGCUUUGAGUCAGAAUAAAGACCAAGCAGAUGAGUGCUGGGAAGACUAUAACGACGAUUUUAUGUUCAACGCUUGA